CGGGCGCGGUUACUAGGCAACGAGGCCGCUGGGGUCCUGGCGCCCGGCCGGGUCUGUCCGCGGCGGUGCCUGAGGCGGUGCGGCUCCACUGCAGGUGGAGAGAGGCCCCCCGGGUGCGCGAUGGAGAAAUACCACGUGUUGGAGAUGAUCGGAGAGGGUUCCUACGGGAAGGUCUACAAGGGCCGGCGGAGAUACAGUGCCCAGGUGGUGGCCCUCAAAUUCAUCCCCAAACUGGGUCGCUCUCCCAAGGACCUGCGGAACCUGCAGCGGGAGAUUGAGAUCAUGCAGGGCCUGAGGCAUCCCAACAUCAUCCACCUGCUCGACAGCUUCGAGACGGACAGGGAGGUGGUGGUGGUGACCGACUACGCGGAGGGAGAGCUCUUCCAGAUCCUGGAGGAUGACGGCAAACUCCCCGAGGACCAGGUACGGGUCAUCGCGGCCCAGCUGGUGUCGGCCCUGUUCUAUCUGCAUUCCCACCGCAUCCUGCACCGGGACGUGAAACCCCAGAACAUCCUGUUGGCCAAGGACGGCGGCGUCAAGCUCUGCGACUUCGGGUUCGCCCGGGCCAUGGGCGGCGGCACGACGGUGCUGACGUCCAUCAAGGGCACCCCGCUGUACAUGUCCCCGGAGCUGGUGGAGGAGCGUCCCUACGACCACACCACGGACCUGUGGUCCCUGGGCUGCAUCCUGUACGAGCUGGCCACCGGCGGGCCGCCCUUCUACACCACCAGCAUCUUCCGCCUCGUCGGCCUCAUCCUCAAGGACCCCGUGCGCUGGCCGCCCGGCCUCAGCCCCUGCUUCCAGAGCUUCCUGCAGGGGCUGCUGACCAAGGACGCCGCGCUGCGCCUCGCCUGGCCCGACCUCCUCAGCCAUCCCUUCGUCGCCGGCCGCCUCACACUGCUCCCGGAGCCGGCCCCCACAGGUCCGAGCGGCCCCGACAGCCGCCGGCCGCCCCCCGAGCCGAAGGAGGAGCGGGCCCGGCGGCCCCCCGUGACCCCGGCCGGUCAGACCCGCCUCCCGCAGCAUCCCUGGGACCCCGGCCACGAGGCCCCGGACCCACCAGAGCUCAGAGCCCCGUCGCAGACCACCGCCCGCCGAGAAGGUGAAGCUACGGGGGCGUCGACUACCGUGGCCUCACGGCCCAGGCCGAGAAGGGUCUCCCCGGCCUCGACACCCACCGGGGCCGGCCGCCCGUCCCAUCGCGGAGUGGAGCGACCCCCCUCCUCGUCCCCCUCGUCCUCCUCCUCCUCCUCCUCUUCCUCCUCUUCUUCCUCCUCCUCCUCCCGCGACAGCAGCCAGGAAGAGUGGGAGGUGACCGAAGCCCCCCCAACCCCACGGGAGCACCGGAUCUCCCUGGACUACGAGCGAGAGUUCCCACGGCCGCCGAGGGCCCGAGACCCCGGCCCCAACUCCGCCCGGCAGGACGCAGAGGAGCCCCGGGGCCCGGCGCCGCAGCCGGACCCGCUGGCCCAGUUCCGGACUCUCUUCGCCAGCGACUUCAACCGGGCGGAGAGUCAGACCGCGGAGAGCCUGCGGGCGUUUGAGGAGGCCACUGGCCUCUUCCUGGACCUUCUGAAGAAGCUUGUGGAUCAGCCGGACGACUCGCACCCUGCCCUCAGAGUCGACGGCCUAAAGGGUUUCAUCGCACUGUGCCAGGCCGUGGACAACAGCAGUCGGCCCGUCUCAGAGUCCUUCUACUGCAGCCUACUGAGCGCCCCCCGGGCCCUGCUGGACGUCCUCUUCCAGGGGGCGGCCCGCCUUCGGCCCCCUCCCGCCCGGCCUCCCGGAAGCUCGCAGGCCAGCUGUCCUCUGGAGGAGCGGGCCGGACGGGACGCAGCGGUCGCCUUGGCCGCGGCGCUGGCCGUCGUCUGCACCGUCCCCAUUGGGCGGCCCCUCUGCCGGGAGACCAAGGAGCAGGUCUGCGAGCGGCUGGCCCGGCACCUCGCCCGGGCCAGCGGUCAGCGAUGGGCCGGCUUCCUGUCGGCCCUGCGGGACCCCGGCCUCUCCCUGCACGUCCUGAAGGUUCUGUACGGCUGCUGUCAGGUCAGCGGGGAGCUGUGCCGCCGGCUGGAGCACGAGGCCGAGACCCUGGAGCUGCUCCUGCGCCUGCUGGCGCCCGGGGAGGUGCCCGCGUGGGAGGCGGAGCGGACGGCCGAAGUCUCCCUGCUCCUGCUGUCCCUCCUGCUGCUGAGGCUCCCGGAGCCGCCCCCGAGGCUGGAGCCGCUGGAGAGCCGAGCGACCUCUCUGUUCCUCUCCUCGCCCCUCGUCCCUCUGGUGGGGGCUGCCGCGGGGAUCCUGGCCCAGCUGAGGCGGCCGGGGCCGGCCCGCACCCCCUUGCCGGAGGAGUGGAAGGCCGCCGCCACCUACGCCCUGUCGGCCCCUGCGGAGCUGCACGUGACCCCGCCCGACCUGUCCGGCUUCUUCGACGGCCUUCUGCUCCUGCUGCUGCGGCUGGUGUCCGAGGGCGAGGCGGACCCUCUGCGGGACCUCCCGGGCUCGGCGCUGUGGACGGCCCUGUGGCACCGCCUCUCCGUCACCCUGCGGCUGCCCUCCGCCCCGGACGCCGCCCCGCCGCCCCCCGGCCCGGCCCCCGCGGACCCCGACUGGACCCUCAUCUCGCCUCGAGGUCUGGUGACGGUGCUUAACCUGGCGCUGUGCGUCUUCACCAAAGAGGCGCCGCUCUGCCUGCACGUCCUCGCUCAGCCCCGCGGCCACGUCCUCGCCUCGCUCGGCCACCUGUUGGAUCCCGCCUUCCUCCUGCAGCUGUCUCGGGCGCCCCGGGGCUCGGCGGCCCUUCCGGCGGUGGUGCUCACCGUGUGCCAGAUCCUCUGCGUCCCCUUCGCCCUGGACGAGGGCGGCUCCGACCACCUCGCCGGCCUCCUGGCCGGCCUCAACGGCUCGCACGUCGCGGCCCGCCUGCUGCAGGUGUGCUGCGAACACCUCCCGCUGGCCCAGACGGACCUCCCCGUGAGCCUGCUGACCCGCCUGGCCCUCAGCGACCCGGCCUCCCUCGGUCAGUUCGUAGCCGCGGCCUCCUCCCUCCCGGCCUCCUCCUCCUUCCUGUCGGCCGCCCUCCUGGGCGACCGGCCGCCGCUGACCUCCGACCUCCUCUCGCUGCUGGCCCGGGCCGUGCGGCCGCCGGCCGCGGGCGGCCCGCCCUUCCUGCAGGCCCUCCUGGCCGGGCCCGGCCGGACCUACCGGCCCCUGCGCCGCCUCCUGGGCCACCGGGACUCUCCGGUGCGGGCCCGGGCCUGCGUGCUGCUGGGCCACACGGUCCGCCACGGGGGGCCCGUGCUGCGCGCCCUGGGCGAGCGCGGCGGCCUGCUGGCCCCGCUCUUGCGGGCGCUGGAGGCCCCGGACCCCGCCCUGCGCCGCAGCGCCACCUUCGCCCUGGGCAGCGCCGCCCGCCGGGCCGGACCCCUGGCCCCUCGCCUGGCGCCGGCCGUGCCCGGCCUGACCCGGCUGCUGGGCGACCCGCAGGCCCCGACGCGGCGCCACGCGGCCUCGGCCCUGGGCCGCCUGGGGCCCGGGGGGCUCGGGGGGGACCUGCUGCGCUGCCGGGCCCCGCACAGGCUGCUGGACGUCGCCCGCCGGGACCCCCAGCCCGCGGUGCAGGAAGCCGCCCUCCUCGCCCUCCGGGUCCUCGGCCGGGACCCCGCCAUCCUCCAGGUGCUGGCGUCUCUGGGGGCCAAGGAGAAGCUGACCGCGCUGGGCCUGAACGAGGCCCGUUCCCAGUCCACCGUGGCCAAGCACUGCAGGAAGUUCCUGAUCCUCCUCCGGGCGGCCCCGCCGCCGGCCAACCCUCCCCGAGGCCUCCCUCCGGUUUCCGCGGGCCCCGGGUGCAAAUUCUGCGGUUCCUCUGCGCUCCAGUCCAGCCCGGAGGGAGGGAGGAGGGAGGGGUGUGUGUGCGCGAGGGCUCUCCCCCCUCCAGACUCCUCCCCGGAGCCCCCCACUCCUCUCCUUCCUCCCCCCUGACGCCCCGACCCUGUCUCUCCUCUUCCCAACCCGGUGCCUUGACUUCCCCUCGGACUAACCGGGCCUGGGGGCCCCAGGUGCCCCCUCGCUCCCGGCCCGACCCCCCACGGCCCCCGGGUUGGGGGGUCUUCUC